GCUUUAGUGUGGCGAUUGUUGCACGGCGCAGCCUUGGGGCUGCAGUUUCUCCACGAGAAGAAGAUCGUGCACGGAGACCUCAAGUGCAACCAGAUCCUCGUGACGGAGGAGAAGACGGCCAAGCUGACGGAUUUCGGGUUCAGCUUCGCCUUGAUGGAGUCCAAGCCGACGACGUCAACAGGUGCUGUGCGGUGGAAGGCGCCAGAAUUACUGCGAAGCGAGAGCUGUUCUCUGACGUUUGAAUCGGACGUGUACUCGUUCGGCAUGUGCGUUGUGGAGGCUGUGAGUGGAAAUGUGCCAUGGGGGACGCAUCUGCCUAAU